AUUUUGGAUUUACCAUUUACCGUAAAUUUUUACAUGUUUGCCAUGUAUCAAAUACGAAAACGAUCAUUUGUGGGUGUCACCGCACGAUUUACUACUCAAUUAAUCAUUUAUUAGUUUAAGUGGAUCCUUAAGUUUGUGAAAAAUAAAGGCACAGGCCGACCGAACGGCCGGUACGUGUGAAUUCCGCCAAAAAGAACGGUAAAUUAACCAUUGUAGCCGAAGCGUUUUGUUGCCGCCGGAUGGUGGUAGUCGUUCAUACGACAGAUUCUGAUAAUUAACUUGAUUUGUGGCAUAUGCCACCGAUAGAUUUACUGUUAAAAGGUGCCCAAACAAUCAUUAUCCAGUUUAUAUUGCAGCCUUAGAUAACUUCGAAAAUGAACGAGCCAGAAGAAGUAGGUGAAGAGAUCUGGUCUGCCUGGAUUCUAGACGCCAUCCGGAAAAUUCGCACCCAAAAACAACGACCUAGUAUCGAGAGAAUCUGCCACGCGAUCCGACUACACCAUAACUACCACGAAGACGUUAUAGCGGAACAUUUAGAGGUAGCAGUGAAAGAUGGCGCUGUACUGAAAGUCUUCAAUAAGGGCCAGAGCUCGUACAAAGACCCCGGAGGCCUACAACAGCACCGCACCAUAAAACUCCUCAAGGGCUUGGAUUUAAGUAAAAUCGUUACUAAAGCAGUGAGAGAACUGGGCGAGAGGGAUGGGUCCAGCUUGAAAGCAAUCGAAAAGUAUAUACAGCAAAGUCAUACUGUGAUAGAGAAUCCGGAAGUCGAUUUGGCGACGUUGGUGCGAUUAGGGGCUAAACGGGCGGCUGUCAGGCAGUUUGUGAUUCCCAUAGGGAAGAAUUACAAGUAUAAUUAUACGCUACAGGGUGCGAAUAAACGGCGGGUAUCGGAGGGUGUAAGGAAAAUUCAAGAGGUUCCACACGAAGAACCGGUGAUUCUUCGACCUCCUACAGCUCUCCCAAUCUGCUCCGAAUGCCUCGGCACCGAAUCCAAUAACUCCAAAGGGGUGGCCGAAAAGCUCAGCGCAUGCUCGGAGUGCGGAUCCUUGGUGCAUCUGAGUUGCACCCCAUCCGGAGCCGAAUUAGGCACUCUCUUAUCAAAGGGUAGCAAAUGGUUCUGCGAAGAGUGCAAAGUCUGCGAUGGAUGCGGUAACAGCGGUAUCUCGACGUGUCUACUUUGUUGUUGCAACUGCGAAAAAAAAUUCCACAUGACUUGCCUGGAUCCGCCCUUGGAGAAGAAAAUUAAAUGCCCGUGGAGGUGUAAGCAUUGCCUUACCCAUCAUGGCAAUGUGGGGAAGGCGCAACGGAAAGAACCGGGAAGUGCCGUGAAGAAAAAGAUCGAUAAAGUGCGCGAGAAGAAUAAGGAAAGAAAUGCGGAAAAGUCUAAAGAUGAUACUGCGCAGCAAACACCAGUCGUAUCUACGCCAGCUAAAACACCAAAGGGCAAUAAAAUAACCCAAGACGAAGAAAAAGUUGAACCCAAGGCAACACCGAAUUUACGAUCUCCUCCCUUGCAUAACCAAAACGACGAGGAAGACAAGAAAAUGUCGAAAGAGAAACAGAGAUUCUUCAAAAAGAACCUUAAAAAGAAGGACGAGGAGCCCGUGAAAACAGACGAGGACACAGCGAGUAGACGAAGAACGAGACACAAUGACAAAGAGGUUAAAACAAAUAAAACGCCGGACGCGACCCCUUCCAGGCAGCUAAGGAAGAGUCAAAGAACGAAAAUUACGGACGAUACGAGUGAAACAAGUACUUUAAGAAGAAGCGGCAGGAAAAGGGAACAACUCGAGCUACGAGAAGACGACGCUGCAACCUCAAGCGAGGAAGUUGAAGAGGAAGAAGAAUGUUCCGAACACUCGUUCUCCUCGGAAGAUUCGGAUUCUUCGGUGAACAGUGAGGCCCACCAGUCGGACUCCAAGAUUCGGAUGCAAAAAGUGAUAAUUCCGUCAGAUGAAAAAACGUUUGGCGCUUUGGGUGGUAUCAGGGUGGAUAAUAAGGAUGCCCCCUGGGGAUUCGCGGCUGCCGCUCAAACCGGUCAGGAAAAAAACCUGUUCGCGAAUCCUCCGGAGAAAGUUAGCUUGUUUAAUGACGUCAAGGAGGAAGGGAAGGACGAUAAAAAGAACCCUCAAGGUAUGGGACAACUCAAAGGACUGUUCGACGGACUAUCGCACUUUUUCACCGCCCCCAGUCCCAGUAGGGCGAGUAGAGCCCAACCGAACUACAACCCGAGCAAGCGAAAAGGACAAAACGAGAAGAAAAAGGAGGAACCCGUGACGCCUCCGAAACCCGCGGUAGUCGACUCGCCGAAAAAAGCGGAGAUUUCCAUGUCGCCGAGCGAUUUGGUUAAGUCGGCGGUGAACACGCAAGAGCUGAACGAGGUGAAAGUUCCGAAAAUCGUCAAGGACGAGGAGACGAAGGCGAUUUCGGUUGCUGUUACGGUACCGCCGGUCGCACCUCAGACCACCCCGACACCUGCGAAAAAGCGCUGCCAACCGGCUAAAACUCCGACGGUUGUGGCGCCGGCGGCGGCGUCGGCCGCCACUCCUACCACCAACCCUACGGAAGACUUAAAGCCGCAACAGCUACUCACCGGUUGCAAUUACAAAGACCUGGACGUGUUCAAGGAGGCCCGUAAAAAGGCGAACAUCCAAACGGCCGCUCUGCUACAAGCGGCAGAACUCGCCAAUCAACAGUCGAUGUCCCCGUCGAAACUUAUGCACGAUCAACCGACGAAUCCGGGGGCGAUCGAGUUCGGGAAGUAUGAAAUACGCACCUGGUAUUCCAGUCCGUUCCCGCAGGAGUACGCGCGCCUACCCAAAUUGUUUUUGUGCGAGUUUUGUUUGAAAUAUACGAAGAGUAAAGCAGUUCUGGAACGUCACCAGGACAAAUGCACGUGGCGCCACCCGCCGGCGACCGAAAUCUACCGAUGCGACGACAUUUCGGUAUUCGAGGUGGACGGCAACGUGAACAAAAUCUACUGUCAAAACUUGUGCCUGUUGGCCAAACUAUUUCUCGAUCACAAGACCCUCUACUAUGACGUGGAGCCGUUUCUAUUUUACGUUUUGACGAAAAACGACCGGAAGGGCUGCCAUCUAGUGGGGUAUUUUUCCAAGGAGAAACACUGCGCCCAAAAGUAUAACGUCAGUUGCAUCAUGACCAUGCCGCAGUAUCAGAGGCAGGGAUUCGGACGUUUUUUGAUCGAUUUUAGUUACCUACUGUCAAGAGAAGAAGGCCAACCUGGCACUCCCGAAAAGCCUCUUUCCGAUCUUGGGAAGGUGUCAUACUAUUCUUAUUGGAAAUCGGUGCUUUUAGAAUACCUAGACACCCACAGGCAGAAUCAAAUCGACUUAAAAGAAAUCAGCAGAGACACUGGGAUGUAUUGCCAAGACAUCGCGCUGGCUCUUCAACUACUGGGGUUCAUUCAAUGUGAAGGAUCAGCGAUCAAAGUGAAAGUCGAUUGGAAAAAAGUGGAUCUACACGCGGAGAGAGUAAAAAAGUCAAAAACGCGAAUCCAUAUCGACGUAGAAUGCCUCAGAUGGAAACCAUUGUUGUCGAACGCGGCCAGUUUGCUAAAAGAAGAGCGAUCAGACGAAGAAAACGAGAACCCUCAGGUGGAAGUUGCCGCAAACAUCCCUACCGCCCCUGAGAAAAUUAUUAUUGAAAACACUCAGGGGGUUAAAUUAAAGCGAGGCAAAAAACGUAAAUCGGUCAAUUCGACGAGACAAAUUAAACUGUCGAAAACGGAAACGCCCAAACCGGUAGCGGAAGAACCGGCCGAACGUGAUGAUAUCGAAAUCACUUCUUCAGGGCGAAAACGUACGCGACCCUCAAAGUUUAAAGAAACCACUUAUGCGGACGUAAAGAAGAAACCUGCAACGGAAAUCCCGAAACGUAAGAGGGCCGAAGACAAUUAUGAACCGGAACCAAAGAAAGCCAAAGUAGAGGAGUUAGAAGUGGUUGAAACGCCCACGAAACCCAGAUUAAGAAAACUCUCUGUCUCGUGUGAAGAGGAAAUCGUGACCCCGAUAUCCAGUACGAGACUCAGAAGAACGGCAACACCGCAAAGCCCAAAAGUGGGCGAACGAUGGUCGCAACGCAGAGCCAAAAAAGAAGAGCAACAAAAGCUGAAGGACUCCGAAGUUGAAGUGGUGGAAUUAAAGGAAACCGAAGAGGAAGAAGAAGCGAAAGAAACUGUCAUAGUUGACGACGAACCCACCAGCAAAAAGGAAGAAGUGGUCAUGCCCAAUGUUAUAACCCCAACAAAAAAACGAAAGUCAAUUAAAAAACGGAAAACUUGGAACAAAGGCAAGCCGCGGAACCAAUCGGACCUACCAACCAAUCAGCCCACGAUACCCCAACUAUUAAAAGCCCAACAAACCCUGAUCCAGAGCGAAAGCGAUUCGGUGGUUUCGGAAAAAUCUGAAGAUGAACAAGGUGCGAAACCGGUGCCUCCCGCCAUCAUCUCGGAAAAACACGAGAGGAAACGAUGCAAGAAAACCACCCGCAUAUCGACCGAGGAGGAUUCCAGUGCCGAAGCCGAUGACGAGAUGGAAAACGACGAGUUGCCCAUAUUGAAAGAAUCCCCCUCGAUGAAGUACAAAUACUCCAAUAACCCAGACCUAUUGCGCACACCGCCGAAGAGGUUGAGCAAGGAAAAACAGUCUCCAGCGGAAGGAGCUAAACCCGGCGCUUAUUCGACCACCACUUCCGAAAGUGAAACCGAAAUCGACGGGCAGAAAAUCAAAACGAUUUCCAGCAAAAAGAUGCUGAACGAACUAUCGAGGAACUGCAGUUUUGAUUUUAGCGACACGUCGGUGACGAAGGCCACCGAGGAACAUAUGAAUAAUAAUUCCCCGAGGGUCGACUCUCCUAAGCCCAACAUGGAAAUGAACAUGGAGGAGACUUGUUUGCAGCAAGACUUAUCCACGCGGAUGUCGGUUGAUAUGGAAAUUGAAAAAACCGACGAUCCACAAAUGAUUAUUGAGAAGAAGGAAGUGUCUCAGGACAGUCCGGAAACGCCUCCCGUGCAAGAGCCCGUAAAAGUGCUUGUAGAUAGUCCCAUCGAGCAACCAAGUGAUAAUAUCCCAAGUGCAGCACCCAAGCAAGAGGAACCUUCUCAGCAGAUAGAGGCAGUGAAAGAACACGUGGAACCGAAAGUAGUUGAAGUAGACGCAAAACAAGUUGAACCGGAACGAAAGACAGUUGAACCAGAACCGAAACCAGUGGAACCAGAACUAAAACCAGUUGAACCAGAGAAGGAGUCACAAGAGACCGUUAUAACAACUCCUCCAGUGCCUCAAGAAUCACCUGUAAAAUGUGAAAAACAAGUUGAAGUACCACAGAAAAGCGAAUCUUUGGCCAAACUUCCCCCAGAAACUGAACCAGCUAAGCCCGUUUGUUCCCCGAUUAUUGAAAAACCUAAAGAACCCCCGCCAUCGCCAGUGAAAUCAAUAGAAUUACCAAAACCUGUCGUGCAAGAACCAGUGAUCAAUCCAAAGCCGCAUUUGCCAAAAGAACCAAAGAUCAAACAGGCCGAACCUCAAAAGCCCGAAGUGAAACUUAAAGAAGACGCGCCGAAAGAAGCAAAACCUGCUCCGCCUCCGCCUGUUCAGUCGAAACCGCAACCCGAAAUACAAAACAAAGAACCGUUGGCGGUUACCCAGGUGCCUCACCCGCCUCCCGAGCCCGCCAAGUCUGUGAUUGAAAAACCUCCGCACAGGGAACCCAAGGUGGCGUCUUCUUCGGCCUACAAAUAUCCGGAACAACGGGAACUAAAUAGAACCGAAACGGCACCGAUCGAAACCCGAACCAAACCGAAACAACAGGACCAAGUGAAACCCGAACGGAUCAAAUACGACGAUAAAAGAUACCAACAAAAACUGCCUUACGAAGAGAAAUUGUCUUUUGAGGCGGCUCAGAAGGUCCAUAUGGAGAACGAAGCACUUUUGGCAGCGAGUAUGGCAAGCCAAGGGUAUCAUAUGAACAUGACCGCGCAGUACCCUUGGCAAUGGGACGGCCGAUUUUGGGGCAAUAAGUAUUACGAUCCUACAAAAAGGGAGUACCCGGGGUACCCUAUGCCUCCACUACAAUUCCCUUUGGAUAUUUUACCGACCUCAAAACAGCCCGCUGCUAGUAACAGUUGCGACAAAGAAAAGAGCGGUAGCAGGAGCCAUCGUUAUGAGGCGUCUGCGGUCAGACCGAACGUAACACCCAAAAAGUCCAGCGAGCACAAGAACCAGUCUCCCAAAAAAGAAGAUAAGAGACACCGAGAGGAAACCGCGAGCAGAACCGCUUCGGAGCAAUAUAAAAGCAGUUGCACCCUGGAGGAAAAACAACAACAGCAGCAACUAUGCGUCGUGGUAAACCCUCCCGAGUUGCCCAAACCGCAAAAACCCAAAGAAGAACCACCGAAAAUCGCCCCCGUACCGCAAACAACACCGGAAAUAACCUCUAUGGGAGUAUACACUCCCGAUUCCACUACCAACUCGGUGCACAGCCUCCAAUAUCCGCCGUGUGAACUCGACGUGUCUCACAUGGGACUGGAAUCUCCCGCUUCAAUAUCCAGCGAUAUGGCGUCGCAAAAUUCAAUCGAAGCGGUCCGACCCCCUUCGAACGUGUCGACGCAUUCGACUCCGCAAACGAAUUACGACUGUAUGCAACAACAGACGCUACAAGGGGUCACCAUACCCGCUUCCAGUCCGAACUUGAAUAACACGAUGCAGAUUCAGCAGCCGAGCGGACAGAGUCCCGGUGGUUCCAGUAAGAGGAUGCAGCAGCAGCAGCAGCAGCAAGGUCCUCAAAGAAACCGCUCGAAUACGCCAUCUUCCGGAGGGAAGCACAGCAGUAUAAGGGCUACGCCUCCGAUUGUGGCGCCACCGCCUCCUCAACAGCAACAGACUCCUUCGAGUAGGAGGACCGCGUCGCCUUCGGGGCAUCAGUUGCAUCAUAAUAUGCAGCAGCAAAUUAGUCCUUCGCAGGUGAUUUCACAACAGCAACAACACCAACAACAACAGCAACAGUUGCAACAACAUUUGCACCAGCAAGGGUACACGCAUAUGCACCAGCAUACACACCACGGCCACCAUUCGGUCAUAAGUCAAGCGAAUUAUAUCCCGGUGGUGACCACGCAAGGUUUUCCCAGUCAAAGUAGCAGCUCUUACGUGAACGUGCCCACUUCCGUAACGACCGUUAUACAACACCGUUUGCCCCCCCAACAAACCUUAACCGGACACCAGAAUUUGUCGCCGAGUUGUGCCGUUACUACCGGAUCGAGUUUCUACAUUCAAACGAAUCCACACGUUCCAACGCCAUCGCCGAAUUCGGCGUUGCAAACGAAUACCGCAGUGCAAUCGGGCAAUGCCAGUUGUAGCUUGGCUAAGUUACAACAAAUGGUUUCUAGCAGCUCGGUACCACCUGCGGGUUGCAACACUAUGACACCCCCACCUACGUCGAUGACCCCACCGACACACCAUCCGCACACGAUGACCCCACCGCCAAGCCACCAGGCGAUGAUCCAGAACCAAACCGUUCGGAACCUAACGCCCCCUGGCGGCAUAGCGACGGCGAACUUGCAACAACAAGUCCUCGGCUACCACAAAUACUACCAGGCGGCCAACAUGAAUAUGAACGUGAAUCAGCUGAGCGGCACAGUGACGCCCCCUAUCGGACAAAACUUGGGCCGUUCAGGUAGAAAUUCAUCGGCGUCUAAUGUUGCCGCCAUGCAACACAUGCAAACCUCGUCCAGUAGGGUCAGUCCGAACGUGUCGUUAAAUCCUUACGUGAUGAAUAAUUCGUUAAACGGGUACAGGAUAACGCCGCAACAGGCUCCGAGUGCCGUCACCGGUUAUAUCACGAACACCCCCGCCAGUUUUAUAAACAACCAGAUUCCGAUGCAAAUGAUGAAUAUGGCGGCGCAGAGUCAAUAUCAGGACCCGGCCACGUUACAGAGGGCCCAACAGAACACUAUGUACACUUAUAAUUAUAUUAAUGGUAUUAUGAGGCGAUAGAAUUUGCAGAACGGCAAAAAAGAGGUAUGAUGGUUUUCGGGAUACAGUUGACGCCCUCUGGAGAACGAUAUACUUCAUGGGUCGAGUACAGGUAAAACCUACGGGUAAAAGUGCAAGGGAAGAUUGACAUUAUAGAGGGUGUCCCAAAGAUACUGACAAACUUUAAGGGGUAUUAAACACAAAAAAAGUAUUUAAUAUUUUGUCCCUAAGCAUUUUUGCAUGCAUUUUUGCGAAAACUGCACAUCUUCCCAGUCAACCAUUUUUGUGUCAAUGGACGUCACAGUGACACAAAAAUGGGAUAUAUCUCAUGAAGUCUAUGGGGCAGUACGGGUCACAAAUGGGAUCAUGCCAAGUUGAUCACAUAGACGUUGUUUGGGUAGUGCUAUAAACGUACAGAGGAUUUAUUCGCUUUUCAGUGGAUGUACAGUGCUAGCCAUAAGUGAAGAAACUUUUUGUUUUUUAUUUUUUACUUAUUGAAAUAAUUUUAAAUAUCAUUUAUAAACACCUAUAAAUCUGACUAAAUUAAAUAAAAAACAAAUUCCCCAAAAAAAAAUCAAUUGUUACACUUGUUUUAGUUUAAGGACAAAAAUGUAGAAACUUUUGGGUUUCAUGCUAUAUUUCACAUUAUUGUACAGAAAAUUAAAAAAAAAACUUCAAUACUUUUUGGCAUAGCCAUAACAUCAGCACAUCGUCUUGGCAUGGAUUCUAGAGGACUGUGAAUAACAUCUUCAGAAAUAAUUUGAGUUGUUAUUUAAUAAAAGCAAAUUUAUCUCUCUAUCUGUAAUAACAAUAAAGUUAUUCAACUUUUUAGAAUUUAUCUGAAAUAGAAAAAUGUUAAAAAUCAUAAGAAACCUUUAAUUUCUGGAAUUGUUUUCAUAGUUAGAUAGAAAAAGCUCAAUGCAUGAAGGGCAUAUUUCAUUCUAUAGUUCAUUUCUUCAUAUACUAUUGAGCUUUUAAUUUCUCACAUUUUUUAUAAGUAGGCAAAAUAUGCUCUAUGCCUAGCUGCACAUCUCACUUUCUAAAUGUUCUAGUUUUAAUAGCAAAAAAGUUAUCCAGCAUUUUCAAACCCAUCUGAGCCAUACAAUUGCAAAAAAAAUUAAAAAUUUUAAUUUUUCUUAGAUACGCUUGAUUUCUUCUUUCUUGAUUCUUUUACGGUUAACCAAAAGAUGCUCGGUGCAUUGAUGAAUGAAGUCUUUAGCUUUACUAGCAAAAAGUUAUCUAACUUUCUGAAAUGUAUCUGAGGCUCACAUUAAAUGCAGAAAGUCAUACAUUUCCAGUAAAUACAAAUUAUAAUAAUUCAGAAAUAAAAUGAUGAUGUUAAAGAAAGUGUCAUAAAGAAUAAAAACAAAAUUAUUUGUAUUAUUAACAGUUUGCUAAAAAAACAGGAUUUCCACAAGAUUCUGGCUGCAGUGUAAAAUCCAAAUUAUGAUGUAAAAAAAAAUUGGUUUUUAUUCUCGUAAUGCCUUCUGAGUCAAAAGUCAUCUAAUUCAUGCUUAUUUCAAAGCUUGGAACAAAUCAUCUUUAUUAUGAAAUUUAUAAGAAUUUGAUUGUUUAACUUUCGGCCCUAGGUGCUCCCACAAGUUCUCAAAAGGAUUCAGGUCUGGACUUUGAGCUGGCCACUUCAAAACCCGAAUUUGUUGAGAGGUAAAGAUUUUUUUUACAAUUUUGAAUAGGUGCUUCGGAUCGCUGUCAUGUUGAAAUGUUUAAACUAAUGGUAAAUUAUCUUCAGCAUAUGGGUGCAUAUUAUUUCUUAAAAUGGUUAAGUAAUAUUAGCCAGUCAUGAUGCCUUCUAUCUUCCUUAGUGGGCUAACACCUUUGCGAGAAAAACAUCCUCAUACCAUGAUAAUACCACCUCUUGUUAGAAUUUUACUCUUUUCCUUUCGUCUCUUCCUACUGGGAAUACGAAUAUGGUAUCAUCGGGCAUGUUUUCUGCUAAUUCUUUAAUGUUUAGAUAUGGGAUGAACUUCAGCCGCCACUAUUAAUUGUCGUGCCAUUUUGAUGGGAUGUUUUGCUUUUUCGACCUGUAGUUCUCUGAAAUUUCUUUUAGGGUGGCAGGAAAUUUGAAAAUACGUCAAAUUCCGUGUAAAUGCUUGUGAGACCAAUAGAGCUUCAUGGUAAAGGUGAAGUGAUUAGCAUAGCUCCAAAAAAUCAAUAGUUUAUUUUCUCAUUCGCUUCAAUAUUAAAAAAAAGAAAUAGGCCCGUAACAGUAGGUGGAAGAACAGAUCAUUUGUUUCUCAAUUGUUAUUUCAAUCAAUUGAUUAUUUUCUAUAUAUUUUUUAUAUUUAUAAUCAAUUAAAGACCUUUAUUAUUAUUAUUCAUUGAUACCAUAACUGUCACAUUUUGGCCUCGCUCAGCAGAUGUUAAUUUGUCUACUUCUUUCCUUUCUAAUUUCAGGCAGUCAAGUGAUUUCAUUAUUCCAGGUAGUUGACAAAAAUUAUUCUACUGCCUGUAAAAUGAGAAGGAAAAACUCAACUGAUUGGAAUUUCAGGCAUUUUAGUUUUAUUUUUUUUUGAUUCCAGGAAGUUGAGUUUUGCUUUUCACUUUUUAGGCAGUAGAAUUAUAAUUCUUCUUUACUAUUUAAAAUCAAGGAAAAUGUUUGCCUAAUAUUCCAGAUAAUCAAAUACUUUCAUUAUUCCAGACAGUUACGAAAAUUGAUUCCACUGUCUGGAAUAUGGGAAUAAAGAACCCAACUGCCCGGAAUUUAAACAGAAAGGAUUUAACCACCUGAAAUUGGAAAAAAAAAACUCAAAUGCGUGGAAUUAGAAAAAUGAUGGCGCAAUAGCCUGAAAAUUGACAAAUAAAAAGUCGACUGGCUGGAAUUUGAGAAAGACGGACCUAAAUACGUGAAAUUCUAGGCAGAUAAAUGAUUUUUAUUAUUCCAGGCAGUUGAGCAAACAAUUUUUUCAUACUACUGAUUCGAAUUUAAAUAAAUAUAACAUAAUACGAAUCUGAAUUUUGAAUUUUUACAGUAUUCAAAAAAGUAGUCCAUUUUUCUUAAAGAGACCUCUUAGUAAUAAAAAUUCAAAGAUUGGAAGGACACAAAGUCAAUGGUCUCGGAUUAUGUUUAUUUUUUAAAAAAACUUACACGUGUUUCGCCCUAAGGCAUUAUCAGAUAAAGCUAUUCGUUUAACACCACAAACAUUUAAGCUAAAAUAAAAAAUAAAAAUAUGAUAUAUUUUAUUUUCUAUGAGAUAUUUUAUUACCCCUUGUUGCAUGAUUUUUUAUUUUAGUCGGAAAAAAAUAUAUAAGAUAAAUUAAUGCGCACACGUAAAUGGAAAAAUAAUUAAAAAAUAUUUAUAUAUAUAUAUACAUUAUAUAUUGUAUAUGUACCAUAUGUAAAAUAUGUAAAAAUACAUUAUAUAUAUGUGUACCAUAUAUGAGGCGCUAUGCAAUAACUAUUUUUUAAUCCAUACUGAAUAAGUUUUACAAACAUAUUCAAUUAUUCAGUAUGAAAUCGAAUGAAACAAUUUCUGUCUUUAUUUAAGCAUAGGGCUAUUUGGCACUUAACACAAUAAAUGUACGUCUGGGAUUUGCACUCUGGAUGCUUGCAUCUAUUUCUGUCAUUCUCUCUCCAUUCUGGCAAAUGAUCGAUUUCGUCUUUUCGAACUUCAGUAUGGGGUAUUUUAGUCGUAGGGCCACGUUUCUUCUUUUGCAAAUAAGCAUUUUCAAGAUUGGCGCUAGGUCGUCCACGUUUUCUGGUUAAUACAGAUUUCCCACUGUUGCAUAAGGCAUCUGCAAUAGCCACCUUAAAAUCUGCAAGUGGCAUAUAUAUAUAUCAUUUUGCCUUCUCCAUAAAAGCCAACUAUUUACAACGCACAUGUCCAUAAAAUGAAAGAAAAUGCGAAGAUACCAUUUCUUGGAUCUAAUUUUAAUGCGAUAGUAACCGAGCAUAGAGUCUAAUAAGUCUACACAUCCCAUGUAUUCAUUAUAUUUCAAAAUUGUUUGCGGGCACAUUCUUGUAGCAUUUCUUGCUUCUAAAAAAUCUUUCCUUAGUUCCCGUUGGCUGUGAACCGACGUAGGGUGAUAAAGUUGAGACAAUUUUAUUGUAAUACCAGCAAACGGUACUUAACUUUACAUCGUCUUUAAUAGCAGUUUUCUCUUGCCAAGAUCCUCGUCCAAGUUUUUUAAACUCUUUUUCUGACAGCAUUUUACAUCCUUGAACUCGAUUCAAGCGCACAGUUCCAAGAGGAUGGAUACCAUUCUGAGUCAAGUAAACCAUAAGCGGGACGCUAGUAAACCAAUUACCAAAAAAAAUCCUAUGUUUACGUGUUUGGGGACUCUUUCAACAAGUUUCACCACCACAUUACUACUAGUUCCCAAAUCAGGAGCAUCGGCAGGAACGAUGUUGCUCUGAGAACCAGCAAAAAUGUCGAAACUGUAACUAAAGCCGGAGAUUCCACUCAGCACAAAUACUUUAAAGCCCCACUUGUGUGACUUUUUUGGAUUAUAUUGUUUGAUUGUCGAUCUGGCCUUAGUGGGAAUAAUUUGUUCAUCGACCGCAAUAUGUUCUUCAACAGGAAUUAUAUUUAGUCUUUCUUGUAAUCUCUCUAGUAAAGGUCUUAUCUUGAAUAACUAUCAUGACCGGGCUUGCCACGAGGUAUAAAAUUAUCAUUAUUAUUAAAAUGUAUAAAUUGUUUAAUUUCUUCCCACCUGUUACAUGUCAUGACCCUAGAUAUGGCGGGGUGGCCUAAAUGUGGUGACCAAUAGUUCCUAGCUUGAGGCAAUUGUAUUAUGGACAUAUAUAAACACAUGCCAAUGAAUUGUUCUAUUUCAUCAUCUGUAAGGUUUGCGGGACGGUUUAUAUGUUUUUGUAAGCAAUAUAAAUUUGAUUCGGUAGUUAUAGUCGAUAUAAUUUCAUUAGUCAAGAAGAACUUAAAUAACUCUGAUGGUGUCUCUAAAUCAGCAACCUCUGGGGGCAUAUUCAGGUUGCCCGUAAAUUCAAGCUCCUUUGGAUCUUUCCUGAGAUUACCGGUUCUCCAGGAUCCUGGAUUUAUCUUCUUCGCAAUUUCCUGGAGAGUCAUAUUUUCACUAUCAUCAGACUCCACAUCCGUCUCAGGAAUGGUUGUCUCGUCAUAAUCUCCUUCAGGCAUAGAGUCAUCACUUUCGUAGGCUAAUAUAUUAUGAUGGUUUAUUGGGAUAUUAUUGUCUUCAUCAUCUAACAAAUCGGGAACAUCACUCUCAUUAUCCUCCGGUACAUCCCUAACAUAUUUGCUGUUAAUUCCGUAAAAUAUUUUCGGAUCCAUCUGAAACCAACCAAACUCUUAUUACCACGUAUAUGUGCAUGAUAUCCAUAUGCAUUAAAACAAUGUUUCUCGCUAAUGUCCAAAAAAAUUAAAAAUAUUGCUUCGACUCACCUUCAAAUGAAAGUGCAACAAAUAAACUAUAAACGUCUAUUUUUUUAAUCACGAAACUAACUUUUUACUAAACAAAAAUCACACUUUAAAAACAUAAACAUCGACUACACCGACAAAUAUGUGAUUCUCAACUGGCAAAGCGCGCCAAAAAAGCGUGCUUUGUUGCCGCGAUGUCAGAAUUGUUUUCACGUGUUUAUUCCUCGGUCCCAAAUAUGCUACAUCAUGCAUUUAUUUAAUUUUUAGAUUCUAGGAUCUUGAAAAUAUAUUAACUUUAGUAUGUAUCAUAUAUGACACAAGAUGCGGCAAGGGGUUAACUUAAAUGUUUGUGAAGUUAAACGAAUAGUUUUCCGAUCUGAUGAUGAUUUAGGUUCGAAACACGUGUAAUAGUUUUUUUUUUAAAUAAACAUAAUCUGAGACCAUUGACUUUGUAUCCCUUCAAUCUCUGAAUUUUUUUCUGAAUUCUCACAGACAAGUAACUUUUUGCAGUUAUAUAUGUAAUAAAAAGGUUGGUUUUAAUUAUCCCUUAAAGUUUGCCGGUAUUUUUUCGGGACACCCUGAAGUUCGACAAUAUAACUUUCUACAAGGUAUACAUGCUAUUUUCCCAAAGAAUGGAAAAUUAUUAGUUUCUAACAUAUUUUCCGUUGCCUUAUAAUGAACGACGAGGUGAAAAGAUUUAUUUUAAAGUGUUCUUAGUUUACGUUGCACAGAGGCAAAGUUCGGAGUAUUUUUUUUUUAAAUCUCACAAUGGUAUCGUUAAUUUAUCUUUUAGUAUCGUUUUCGUACCAAAAGCUAAUUUUACAUAAUAAUAAUGAUAAAUCCAGUUGUCAUCCAUUUCAUAUGCUCUUUUUUUUGUGAGCACUUUAGAGGUUUGAUUUCACAUAAAUAUAUAAUGGAAGUAACAUAAAAUUAUUUACCUACUUAAUCAAUAACUUUAUAGAUAAAUAAUGCUUUUUAACUUAACCGAGAUAAACCCUGUGGCAUUUUUUUAUACGAUAUUUUAGAGAGUUUCUUAAGUUCAUCUGAUCAAAUUAUUUAAUCAUCAAUGCCUAAUAACUUUUCUAAAAUUUUAUCGAAUUUAACCAAUAUUUAGUUUAUCUUCUAAUAAAAUGAACUGUGGUGGGUGAUACUUGGAACAUAGACAUUUUUCGGCGAUAUUUCAAUUUGAAGGCACUCAAGUCAAAUUAUACGUUCUUACAACAUAAAAUACUUUUUUUUGCUUAAAUAAGGUUUCUUAAGGUAAUGUUUUUUGAAGAAAAAAAGAAUAAAUAUAUAAAUUCAAACAAUGUAAUUAAUUCCGACUCAAGUUUACUAUUUCUACUUCGAUCACUUAACAUACAGCAAUGGAAUCUGUUAUACAAAGUGUAGUACUGCCCGAAGAUCUGCAUCAAAACUAACUCGCGUUACCUUAAAAAAUCGUAUAUUUAUUUAAAAUUGUAUUCGGAAAUUUGCCUAUGUGCAACUGGUAUUUAGAAUUUCACAUUAUAUUUUCACAGUUAAAGGUUAAAAUUGCCCAUCUUAUUUUCCUCAAGUGUUAUAAAUAUGUAAUUCUUAUGAAUAUAUUUUAUAGUUUAAUUAUUAUAGUUGUAAAUAUUAUGCAUAUAAUAGAUAAUAUAUACCUAAUGUCUUAUCGGCUCGCGAUUACUUAAUUAUUGUCGUAAUAAGAAAAAAAUUGCCUUACAGUUUUAUUCGUUUAGAGUUGUUAAAUAGGCUGUGCGUGCAAGAUGGUGUUUUCUUUUUAUUGUAUAAAUUCUUUUGUAUUAUUUAGUUAAGUUUAUGUGUCAUAUAAUGAUUAAAAACGGUUAGUUUGUAAAUAUUGAACAGGUUGAAAUGAGUUAUUAUUAUUAUUUAUUAAGAUAAGCAACUAUCUAUAUAUGUAUAAGAGACGUUGAAACAGUCAAUGAUUUUCAAUUGGUUUAACCUCACAGAUUUUAGGUUAUGUUGUAGAGCACUGUGAUUAGUUAUAUUUUGGUUGUUAAGCCGUUAUUUUUUUUUGGUGUAAUUUUUCACGAAAAUAAAAAUCGUUAAUUUUUAGAAGA